UGUUGCAGAUCAACAAGGAUGAUGUGACUGCCCUUCACUGCAAAGUGGUGUGUCUCAUUCAGAGUGGAAGCUUCAAGGAAGCCCUAAGUGUAAUCCACACCCACACCAAAGUGUUAACCAGUGACUCUAUCACCUUUGAGAAGGCGUACUGUGAGUACAGGUUGAACAGAAUUGAAAAUGCCCUGAAGACCAUUCAGAGUGCCAGCCAGCAGACAGACAAACUGAAGGAGCUGCAUGGACAAGUGUUGUAUAGGUUGGAGCGCUAUGACGACUGCUUAGCCGUGUAUCGGGAUCUCAUCCGGAACUCCCAAGACGACUAUGAAGAAGAAAGGAAAACCAACCUUUCUGCAGUGGUUGCAGCGCAGAGCACAUGGGAGAAAGUGGAGCCAGAAGAUCUGGGCCUCCAAGAAGCUACCUAUGAGCUGUGUUAUAAUGCUGCAUGUGCACUGAUUGGGCAAGGCAGGCUGAACGAGGCAAUGAAAAACCUACAGAAAGCAGAAGAUCUGUGUCGCCAGUCGCUUUCAGAAGACUCUGAUGUGACUGAGGAAGACAUUGAGGCCGAGUUGGCCAUUAUUCACGGUCAGAUGGCCUAUAUCAUGCAAUUACAGGGGCGUACAGAGGAUGCUCUCCAGCUUUACAAUCAAAUCAUCAAAUUAAAGCCGACAGACGUGGGAUUGAUUGCUGUCAUUGCAAAUAACAUCAUCACUAUUAACAAGGACCAAAAUGUCUUUGACUCAAAGAAAAAGGUGAAAUUGACCAAUGCAGAAGGCGUGGAGCACAAACUCUCCAAGAAACAGCUCCAGGCCAUCGAAUUCAACAAAGCUUUACUGGCUAUGUACACCAAUCAGGCAGAUCAGUGCCGCAAGCUGUCAGCAAGUUUACAGUCCCAGAACCCCGAGCACCUGCUCCCGGUGCUAAUCCAGGCUGCCCAGCUCUGUCGAGAGAAGCAGCAUGCGAAGGCAAUAGAGCUGCUCCAGGACUUUGCGGAGCAGAGCCCUGCCGACUCGGCGCAGAUCAAGCUGACGAUGGCACAGCUGAAAAUCGCUCAAGGCAGCGUCACCAAAGCAUGCAUCAUUCUGAGGAGUAUAGAAGAGCUGAAGCAUAAGCCAGGCAUGGUGUCUGCGUUAGUGACGAUGUACAGUCAUGAAGAAGACAUUGACAGUGCUAUUGAGGUCUUCACGCAAGCUAUCCACUGGUACCAGGAAUACCAGCCAAAGUCUCCAGUUCACUUGUUGCUGAUAAGGGAAGCAGCCAACUUCAAGCUGAAGUACGGGAGGAAGAAGGAAGCGAUCAGCGACCUGGAAGAGCUGUGGAAGCAAAACCCAAAAGACAUUCAUACUCUGGCCCAGCUCAUCUCCGCGUACUCCCUGGUAGACCCCGAGAAGGCGAAGGUCCUUAGCAAACACUUGCCCUCGUCGGACACAAUGUCUUUGAAAGUAGACGUGGAUGCGCUUGAAAACUCCCCUGGGGCUACGUAUGUUCGGAAGAAAGGCGGAAAGCUCACGGGAGAGAACCAGCAGAAAGAGCAAGGGCAAGGGGAUGUAAAGAAAAAGAAGAGGAAAAAGAAGGGAAAACUGCCUAAGAACUAUGAUCCCAAGGUGACCCCGGACCCUGAGCGGUGGCUGCCGAUGCGAGAGCGCUCCUAUUAUCGCGGCAGGAAGAAGGGCAAAAAGAAGGAUCAGAUUGGAAAGGGAACCCAGGGAGCAACGACAGCUGGCACGUCUGAGCUGGAUGCCAGUAAGACAGCAAGCAGCCCGCCUACCUCCCCACGGCCUGGCAGCACCACAGCCACGGCCUCUGCAGCCACGAGUAACAUGAUCCCCCCCCGGCACCAGAAACCUGCUGGCGCUGCAGCAACCAAGAAGAAGCAGCAGCAGAAGAAGAAGAAAGGAGGCAAGGGAGGCUGGUGACGAGAGCGGCUGCCGAGCUGGCCAUGUGAGGGACUGGAGCUCUCUGCUGUAAAGUGCUGAGAACAGAAUAAAGGUCAGAGUAAGAAGCAGCA